UUUUCCCCUUGUUCUCAAUCAUGUCGUGGAAGACGGCUCUGCGGCUCCCGGGAGGCCUCUGGACAGCGGCGGUGACGGUGAUUGUGCUGAUGCUGAGCAGCCCCGCGGCUGAGGGCAGAGACUCUCCUCAGGAUUUCGUGUUCCAGUUUAAGGGUCUCUGCUACUUCACCAACGGGACGGAGCGGGUGCGGCAUGUGACCAGAUACAUCUACAACCGGGAGGAGCACUUGCGCUUCGACAGCGACGUGGGGGAGUACCGGGCGGUGACGCCGCUGGGGCGGCCGGAGGCCGAGUCCUGGAACAGCCAGAAGGACAUCCUGGAGCGGACGCGGGCCGAGGUGGACACGGUGUGCAAACACAACUACGAGACUGAAAAGGGCUUCACCUGGCAGCGGCGAGUGGAGCCCACAGUGACCGUCUCCCCAUCCAGGACAGAGGCCCUAAACCACCACAACAUGCUGGUCUGCUCGGUGACAGAUUUCUAUCCAGGCCAGAUCAGAGUCCGGUGGUUACGGAAUGACCAGGAGGAGACAGCUGGCGUUGUGUCCACCCCACUUAUCAGGAAUGGGGACUGGACCUUCCAGAUCCUGGUGAUGUUGGAAAUGACUCCACAGCGAGGAGAUGUCUACACCUGCCACGUGGAGCACCCCAGCCUCCAGAGCCCCAUCACCGUGGAGUGGUGGGCUCAGUCUGAAUCUGCCCAGGGCAAGAUGCUGAGUGGCGUCGGGGGCCUUGUGCUGGGGCUGAUCUUCCUCGGGCUGGGCCUUGUCAUCCGUCAUAGGAGUCAGAAAGGAUCUCGUGGGCCUCCACCAGCAGGGCUCCUGCACUGACUCCUCAGGACUGUUUGACUGGAAUUGGUUAUCAUUCUUCCGUAACACCGGCCUGUCUGCCCAGAAUCCCAGCCACCUGUGUCAGCCUAUCCCCUUCUGAGCUCAGAGUCCUACAGUGGCUCUCACGCAGCCGCCAGGUCACCUCCUGUGACCCCUGCCCCAAGGAUCUAGCUGUGAACCUGCUUCCUGCCCUGACCAGAGCCUCUGCCUAUGCGCUGCCAGCUGCGUCUACUCAGGCCCCACGGGGCUGCUCUGUUUCCAUUCUCCCCUCAAUGAUUGCUUGAGAGAAAGAAGCACAUCAAAUCCAUUUGUCUGACUACAGGGCUUUUUUUUUUUACAUAAUUAAACAUGAUUCUGAGUUGUCUGUA